CUACCAUCCUAUGAUACUCCGCCGACGCAGCGUGCAAGUGGAGGGGGUGCUAUGCCACAUAUUAUUGCUCCACCAGUUCAUGAAGAUGCUGCAUCCACCUCCUCACCUCCACCACUUCCACAGUCGCUUCCUCCCCCCAUAGCCUCAAGUGCGAGCAUCGCCGCACCUCCACCACCGCCGCCUCCGCCACCACCAAAUUUCCUAAAAUCCUCUCCGGCAUCAACAAUCACCCCAACCAGUGUGACCAAGGCUGGCAUCUCUGUAGAAGCUCUACGAUCAGUAGCUCUUAAGAAACCGGAAAUGGAGGAGAGGAAGGUACCAGUUGGCUUAGUACCAAAUGGAUCAGCGGACUUCCACGCGGAUCUUAGAAACGCACUAGCAAAGCGAAGAUGCAAAGUAGCUCUUGAAAAUGAUGAUGAAGACAAAAGCGACACCGAUUCGUAA